GAGCCAAUGGCAGAGCCAAUGGCGCGAGUGUAACGAGAGGAGGAUGAGGAGGAGCGACCAGCUUCUUGUCGCUACAUGCGCAGCAAGCGCUGCUCUGCUUGUUCUUGUUGUCUCGCUUACCACUGGACCAUCCUCCACUCUCCUGUCUAGAAACGUCAUCACCAACCCUCAAGUUCGCUUACGCCCUCAUGGCAAUGCUGAUCUCAUGCUGGCCCAAAAACAAAUGUCCAGAGCAGCGAUCUUGGCUCAGCAUCGAACUGUUCGAUCCAUGUCCAUGCAAGGUCGCGCGCCAAGAAUCAUGCUAGCAGGCAUCGGCGGCUGGGGGUCUGGAGAAGAGCAAGAGAACGGAAAUGACUGGGAGGUGUCCAUGCACGUAGAUAAGGGAUGUGAGGACGUGCUCAAGAUGAGAGAGGAGGGGAACCCUGCAUGGAAGAGAGUCCCAACGACAAAGUGCGAUCCCAACAAACGGAUCAAUCCCAUGAUGUGGCCUUAUGACGCUCCUGGUAAAGUCUGGUCCCACGAUUCCAAGGACUCAAACAAGGACGCCAAGGCCUGGCCUUACAACGAAGAAAACCUUCAUGACUUCGUCCAAUCUUCGGAUCCAACGCCAGCAUGGGAAGACGGGGUUUGGCAUAGUGAAGAUCCAACAGAGUUCAGAAAUGCUGCAAUGUCCAAGUCACUUCCCUACUGAGCCGAUGCAAGAGUAAAAGACUUUGAAAACUUUUGAGGGCAGGAGGACAGGAGGUCAAGAUGAUUAAGAUCCUUUAUAUUCAAAACAUGAUU